GAAUUCCAAUUUGAAUGUCACUGUGAAAUAAAAUAUUUCCAUAAAAAUUUUUAGUUGCGGGACAUGUUUUCCCAAAUCUUUCAAAAUAACAAAUGGCUUACAAAUGAAAAGGAAUUAAAUCAAUGAACAAAACGUGCCUAAAAAUUUUAAAAUGAGCUCGGAAUUAGCGCCGAAAAAGCCGCGGCUGUUACUAGAAGAUCCCAGAUUUCGCAUACGCCCUUUGCAGCAGGUAGUGUCUGCCUGCACGGGAGCGCUUAUAACAGCAUGUUUCAUGACACCGUUGGACGUUGUGAAGACACGUUUACAAGCACAACAAACCACCACAAACAAGUGUUUCCUAUAUUGUAAUGGACUUAUGGAUCAUAUUUGCCCCUGCGACCCGAACAUGCCCAAUCAGCUAAAGCCUGAAAAGCGUUUGAAUGGCACAGUUGAUGCUUUUGUGAAAAUCUCACGCCAAGAGGGUGUCGGUUCGCUGUGGUCUGGACUUAGCCCCACACUUGUGUCUGCGCUCCCAUCCACCAUCGUUUAUUUCGUUGCAUAUGAACAGUUCAAAAUGCAUGCGCUUGAGUUUCACUACAAGUAUAUGGCGGAGGUGAAAGGCUCGCCACGCGGCCGUGAGAUACCCUUCCACAUACCACUGCUCAGUGGCGUGUCUGCCCGUAUUUGUGCAGUGACUUUCGUUAGUCCCAUUGAGUUAAUUCGCACAAAAAUGCAGUCACAGAAAAUGAGCUAUAGCGAAAUGAUAUCCACUGUGCGUGUGGUUAUGAAAACGCAGGGUUUCUUCGGUUUGUUUCGUGGUCUACCACCAACAAUACUGCGAGACGUGCCCUUCUCCGGCAUAUACUGGACUUGUUAUGAGAAUAUCAAAAGUAUGUUCGGUGUACAGGAGCCGACGUUUGGAUUUAGCUUUAUGGCCGGUGCAAUUUCUGGUUCGUUGGCCGCCACAAUUACUACACCUUUCGAUGUUGUUAAAACGCACGAACAAAUUGAAUUUGGAGAAAAGGUGCUUUUUGCAGACAAACCAGCCCCUGAAGUAGGUAAUCUAAAUAUACGACAACGGCUCUUGUCUAUUUAUCGCAUGAAUGGAAUUCGAGGCUUAUAUGCCGGUCUGGGACCACGAUUAUUAAAAGUGGCGCCGGCGUGUGCCAUUAUGAUUUCUACUUUUGAAUACAGCAAAGCAUUCUUUUAUCACUAUAAUGUAGAAAAGCACAACGAGAUCAUGUUAUUAAGAAGCCAAAAAGGGAAUGGUGCCUAAAAAACAGCGUGAUAUUACCCAUAAGUUCCAGCAAAUAUAGAUUCCAAAGAAGAUAAUAAUAGUUGUUGAAAUGCUUCUUUUAUUUAAUUUUAUUACCGAAGGCCAGCGAACAUCGGAGAUGGUGCAUCUGGGGUAAAGAGCUUACGAUGGUUUAUGGUUUGAUAGUCCUUUUACCUUCCUUCUAAUAUUUGUAAAUUUUAACUUUUUUGUUGUUGACCCAAAAUGUUUUAUUGAUAGUUGACAUAAGUGACCUAAUUAUAGUGUACAUAUGUAAAUCAUAAAUAUGAAAAAUAGUAGUUAAAAUAAUUUAUGUUUUUGUAACCGACAUAUCAAAAUGCGAUGUGAAUAAAAAGUUUCACUGGCAUUAACACAGUAACUGUAUACAAAGCCAGUAUAAA